UUUCAAACCGGUUUGUCUGCUGCAGAGAUGCUCGCACUGCUCUCACCUCGUCUUUCUCUUCCUUCUAUUCACAAUUGCUACCAUUCUCCUUCGUCUAGUAUCAGGCUUAGGGUUUCUCUUCCAACCGGUUCGAGGUUUAGGGUUUUACAUCGGCAUUGUUCGGAAUCAAUGAGCAGUUCCACCGUAGAUGCAGCAGGAGAGGCCAGUUCUCUUGCUUCUGAUUCAGGAAAUGCCGUCGGAAACACCCCAGAUGCUGAUGUUCUAGUUCAGUAUAUCGUUCUCCGUCGAGAUCUAAUCGAUUCAUGGCCACUUGGAAGCAUUAUCACCCAAGGCUGCCACGCUUCUGUAUCGGCGAUUUGGAGUCAUAAGGACGACGCCCAUACCCUCGAUUACUGCAGCCCUGAGAAUAUCAAUUCCAUGCACAAGGUUACACUGGAGGUUAAAGGAGAACCCCAGAUCUUGAACUUGUCAGAAAAACUGACAGCUGCUGGCAUUGCUCAUAAACUAUGGACUGAACAACCUGAAAAUUUUCCUACCUGUCUUGCUACAAAGCCAUAUCCCAAGUCUAUAGUUUCAUCAUUCUUCAAGAAGUUGAAACUCUGUAAGUGAUUAUUUUCAAGUUGCAUCAACGGCGUUAUAUCAAGUGAUAUUGAUUGAUAAGAGAUGAGGAUCACCAAAGAUAUAUGCAGAGUUAUUUUCCUAUUUGUUCCCUUUGCAGUCUACAUUGUAAAGUUUAAAUAUUUUGGGCUUAUGCCUCUUUGAACCAAUUCUUUAAUGGGAAAUAGUUCCCCGUGCUGCCAGUGUGGGGAGGUAAAAGUAACGCACAAACACUGUUGUACUAGUUGUAGCAUGACCGAUGCUCGGUCUAAUUUAAAGGCUCAUGGAGGGAUGAUUUGGU